AUGUCUACAAAAGAGUUAGGAACAUACGAAUCCUUUGAUCACGUUGUUUUUUGGGUUGGAAAUGCGAAGCAAGCUGCCUCGUAUUAUACAACACGAUUGGGUUUCCGUCACAUUUGCUAUCGAGGGCUCGAGACAGGCCAACGAGACAUUGUAUCUCACGUGGUCCGUCAAGGCAAGAUAACAUUUGUUUUUCAAUCAGCCCUUUCGCCUAAUGACAAGGUUCUCGGCCCUCACCUCGUAACUCAUGGUGACGGCGUUCGAGAUGUCGCAUUUACCGUUGAUGAUUGCCGGGCCGUUUUCCGUCAAGCUCUCAAACGUGGUGCUACGCCAAUAAAAGAGCCGUGGGAAGAAAAGGAUGAAAAUGGUGCUGUCGUCAUGGCUACUGUAGCUACUUACGGAGAUACAGUACAUACUUUCAUAGAAAGGAAAGCAUAUAAGGGUGUUUUCUUACCCGGAUACGAAGUCAUAAAAGGGAAAGAUCCGUUGGAAGAUAGUUUGCCGAAUGUGGGACUAAUGUAUUUGGAUCAUGUCGUCGGAAAUCAGCCUGAUGACGAAAUGACAAAAAGAAAUCACGACAGACUAAAACAAUAUUAUUUCCUAUUCAGGUAUGAGAAAGUCUUUGGUUUCCAUCGCUUCUGGUCAGUUGAUGACAAACAAAUCCAUACACAAUAUUCUUCAUUGCGAUCGAUUGUUAUGGCGUCCAACAACGAAUUUAUCAAAAUGCCGGUAAACGAGCCUGCUUCCGGUAGCAGGAAAUCUCAAAUACAAGAAUACGUCGAUUAUUAUGGUGGUGCCGGAGUGCAACAUAUUGCAUUACGAACCGAUAAUAUUGUUACGGCAAUAAUUAAUUUACGAGCAAGAGGGCUUGAGUUUUUGGAUGUACCUUCGAGCUAUUAUGAAAGUCUUAGGGAAAAGUUAAAGAGUGCGAGCAUUAAAGUUACAGAAGAUGUAGGAAUACUGGAAAAAUUAAAAAUUCUAGUUGACUACGAUGAUGAGGGGUAUUUGCUUCAGAUAUUCACCAAGCCAUUGCAAGACCGCCCAACAUUCUUUGUAGAGGUAAUUCAGCGAAAAAACCAUCAAGGAUUCGGUGCCGGUAAUUUCAAGGCUCUGUUUGAGGCUAUAGAAAGAGACCAGGAAGCUCGUGGUAACUUGUAG